UCUUCUCCUGCUUAGGUCAGGAGCCUGCCUGUCGGCGCUGUGGGAGAGCAGGUUCGCAGCACACCGCUGCAGUCGCUGUUCUGGCUCGAUCCGGGCUGACCCCACACGUGGACACGGGCAGCACUCGCAAUGGCAGUCAGCCGUGCCUGUUUCGGCUGCUUCUCGCAGCUCUUCCCUGCCGCCCCCCAGAUGCCGCCCGGGACGCCUCCGGGCAGGUCGCGCGCCGCCCCGAGGAGACCACCGAGGACCGCUGGGGACUGGCAGGGAACGCCGAAGGCUGCCGAGGUCUGCUGCACGGCCGCUCUUGCAUGUGGCCGAUGCUCGCGUCCUGGCUUGCGCACGAGCCCCGGGAGCUGCUGCAGGGGCGCAGGGUCAUCGAGCUGGGCUGCGGCAGCACCGCGCUCCCGAGCGUCGUGGCGUCCAAGCGGGGCUCGGCCGUGGUGCGCGCGACCGACCGGUCGCAGGCCAACGUGCGCGCCGCGCGCGCGGUGCUCGCGUGCAACGGGGCCGUGAGCGAGGAGUGCGACGCGCGCCCGCUGGCCUUCGAGGACACCCUGGCUUUGAAGGGGUUGGGCUCGUGGGACGUGGUGCUCUUCGCGGACGUGCUGUACCAGAGCGGGACGGCGGCACCCCUGUCCCAGGCGGUGGCGCAGCUGCUGCGGCCAGGCGGCACGGUGGUCGGGACCGUCGGCGUGCACCGCACCGGCUCGUGGGAGAUAUUCGCCGAGAUGCGGCGCCAGGGGUUCAGGGUGAGCGAGCUCGAGGUCUCAGAGCCUGUGUGCGCCUCCGCCCUGCAGUCGGCAGAGUGCCUGCGCAGGGCCAACCGCUGCGACGCAGCUGGGUCGAUGGGCUUGGAUCCAGCCAGAUGUAACUCAAACGAGUGCAAGAUGUUACGCUGGGUUCGCACAGGGCAGACGGAGCCAGACACGUCCGAGGCGUUGUGCCAGGAAAUCCUGCACGCGCCUCCAUCUCAGAUCCAGUUUGGAGGACAAGGGGCUGGCGAUGAGUGGACGCCGACGGAGUAGUUAAUCAAGUUGAGUUGAUAGUGAAGGUGGACAGGAUGCGACUUGCAUAUUCGCCGAAUGCGAAUUUUCCGGCAGAUUGUACGCGUUGACGCGUUGACCAGUAAAGUUUACGCUGUGCCAUGCUGGCUUGCGAAUGAUCUCUGCUCAGUUGUCGGGCAUGACUCUAUGUGCUGCGUCAUCUCAAGGACAUGCCUGCACGAGGAGGCCUUCUGCCUUCAAUCCAAUCAGUGCGUUUGACGUUUUCCCGCCCUCGGGCUGCAUCGUUAGUGGGCGAUUUUGUAAGGCACAGGGCCGAACGCCCAGACUGUGCUUUCCAGGCGUUCCUGGGAAUCUCAGCCCGACGCUGGGACACGACUGCUGGGCUCGGCGGCGCCACACAGCAGAUGCUCCCAAAUCGUCUUUGUUGCGUACGGCGGCCUCCGCCCAACAGUCUGUUUUGACCGGUGCUCUAUGGCAGCUUAUCGGGCAGGCGCGUAGAGUUCACGCAGCAGGAGGUCAUUGGUGAUGCGCUUGAGCAAAGAAGGCUUCGUGUGGGAGCAUAGUAUGGUGGACGCGUGCGUUCACCAGAAUACCUCCGUGCGCACUUCUUCCGAGCAGAGUCGC